AUUCUGACUUCAGAGCAUUUUCAUUUUCCUGUGCUAAAAGGCUCCUUUGUCUCUAAACAGAUUAUUUCUAGAUUUCCCAUCAUUUUUUUUUUUAUCAGAAUGAAGUUUGUGGCUAAUUGUCAAAUACUACAAUAAUUAGCUAGGUCAAAAUAAAACAGUUCUUUAAGUUUUUUUUAAAACAGAAGUAAAAAAAAUCAGAGGGGAACUUUUAGAGUUAACUAACUUCAUAUUUAUAUAUUUCAUAGUUAUAUAGAUAAUAGUUUUUGUAACAAGUUAAAAUUAAACAGAUCUAGUUUUGGAGACAGCUCAGCAGAUUUUCUUGCUUUUAAAUACAGGGAAACAUUUAACCCCCAUUUUAUUGCUAUAGAGCUCUUGCUGAUCACAGUGAAACUUGGGAGGUCCAGAGAGGAUGCAGUUGACCAUUUAAAAACAGCCUGUUUUGUACAACUUCCUAAUGCAGACUAGCAGCAAUUGGUUUCAGAAGCACGGAGCUUUCUCAGCAAAAUUAGAAUGAAAAAAAAUCAUCCCAUCUUUUAAUGUUAUGUUAAAAUAUGAGAGACAAAGGAAAAGCACAGUAAUUCUUAUAACUAUAUGGAUAUGAAUUCUUUUGAAGACAUCAACUGCAACUGCAGUCUGAUAUUCUGCUUAUUAGUUUGUGCUGAUUUUCUUCCAGCUCAUCAACCUUGAUCCAGUUGCUUCUUGAAAACCAAUACAAAAUAGAGGAUAAAUUCCUUAAUGUAAGAGCUUAAAGAAAGUGCUGUUGUAACUUCGAACAAUCUCUAAGCAAACUGUUGUACGUUGAGGACUACCUUUAUUUUGGAUUGCCUUUGCUCUUCAUAGCUAUCCCUUGCAGGAACAAAAAGUGUGAAAAUAAAGAAAUAUAAUAUUCUUAGAAAAUAAAAGAUACCCUGAUGGACCCUGUGAAAUAGAAAACUUCAUUCCUGUUGCACAACUUUAUACAAAAUAAAUAAAAAUAUUCCAGCAAUCUUAAAGAACAGAAAGUUGAGCUUGUAAUACUCUAGAGUGAGUUUCAUGGUCCAUCUUUGAAUAAGAAUGGAUAUUCACAGCAUCUCUGGAAAACAAAUACAUUUGGUUCUUUUCUUAUGCCAAAUUAUUACUGCAUUGGAUGUACCUCUUGAUUCAAAACUUCUUGAAGAAUUGUCACAGCCUCCAACAAUAACACAGCAGUCUCCAAAAGAUUAUAUUGUUGACCCAAGAGAGAAUAUUGUAAUACAGUGUGAAGCAAAAGGAAAACCAUCUCCUACCUUUUCAUGGACACGUAAUGGAACUCACUUUGAAAUAGAUAAAGAUCCACGAAUAAGAAUGAAGCCUCAUUCAGGAACUCUUUUAAUAAAUAUUAUUAAUGAAGAAAAUGGAGGAAAAGCAGAAUUAUAUGAAGGUGUUUAUCAGUGUACAGCAAGGAAUGUGCUUGGAGCAGCAAUUUCCAAUAAUAUUGUUAUAAGAGCAUCCCGAUCUCCUUUGUGGACUAAAGAAAAGCUAGUUCCAGUAAGAGUUAUUGAAGGUCAAUAUGCAAUUCUUCCCUGCAGGCCACCAGUAGGGUUACCACCACCUAUAAUAUUUUGGAUGGAUAACUCUUUUCAAAAGCUGCCUCAAAAUAAUAGAGUUUCACAAAGCCUAAAUGGAGAUCUUUAUUUUUCUAAUAUAAUACAAGAAGAUAGCCGUGAAGAUUAUAUAUGUUAUGCAAGAUUUAACCACACUCAAACUAUUCAACAGAAGCAACCUAUUUCAUUAAAAGUUCAACCAGUGGAUUCAUUGAAUGAAACAUUAACUGCUAAUAUGAGUGACACUGAUUUUUAUGGUGUCAGAUUUUAUUCAGAAAGACAGCCAACUCUUCUAACACCUCCUGGAAAUUCAAGUAGCAAAAUUGAACUAAGAGGAAAAACUCUCAUGCUGGAAUGUAUUGCAGAAGGAUUACCUACACCAUUAAUCCGUUGGAACAAAGAGGGUGGUGAUCUUCCUGUCAACAGGACUUUCUUUGACAAUUUUCAUAAAACCCUCAAAAUUAUAGAUGUUUCUCAAGCUGAUUCAGGAAAAUACAAAUGUAUGGCAACAAAUCAUUUGGGUUCUGCUUAUCAUGUUAUUACAGUCAGCGUCAAAGCUGCCCCUUAUUGGAUAAGAGAACCUUCAAACCUUGUAUUAUCUCCCGGAGAAGAUGGCUCCUUGAUUUGUAGAACGAAUGGCAAUCCUAAACCCAGCAUAAGCUGGUUAGCAAAUGGAAUUCCAGUUGAAAUUGCUCCUGAAGAUUCAAGUAGAAAAGUUGAUGGUGAUACAAUUAUUUUCACUAAUGUGCAAGAAAGAUCAAGUGCUGUAUACCAGUGUAAUGCCUCUAAUGAAUAUGGAUAUCUAUUAGCAAAUGCAUUUGUGAAUAUUUUAGCUGAACCACCAAGAAUCCUUACUCCAUACAAUAAACUUUAUCAAGUCAUUGAAAAUAAGCCUGCAUUGCUAGAUUGUGCUUUUUUUGGUUCACCUAUGCCUGAAGCUGAAUGGUUUCAAGGAAUGAAAAGUAGCGUUCUCCAGGGCAAGGAGUAUGUUUUCCAUAAAAAUGGGACCUUGGAAAUUCUGAAAGUCCAGAAGGACAGCAGUGGCACAUACACCUGCAUAGCAAGAAAUAAACUAGGAAAAGCACAAAAUAAUGUUCAGUUAGAAAUCAAGGAACCCACAUUGAUUAUUAAGCAGCCUGAAUACAAAGUAGUACAAAGGAUGGAGCAGGUUUUCUUUGAAUGUGUAAUUAAAUAUGAUGCAACAUUAAUACCUACAGUUAUAUGGUUGAAGGAAAAUGAUGAAUUGCCAGAUGAUGGACGGUUUAUUGUAGGUAAAUACAGCUUGACCAUUAUGAAUGUCACUGAUAAGGAUGGUGGAGAAUAUACUUGCCUAGCUAAUACUACAUUGGAUAGUGUUUCUGCAAAUGCUGUACUCACAGUUGUGGCUCCUCCAACAGUUCCACCUAUUGUUUACGAUCAUCCUGAUCCACCUUAUGAUUUGGAAUUAACAGAUCAUUUAGAAAGAAGUGCUCAACUCACUUGGAUACCGGGCAAUGAAAACAAUAGCCCCAUUACAAGGUAUAUUAUUGAAUAUGAAGAUGCUUUGCGUGAACCAGGAAUAUGGAAUUACCAAAUGGAAGUCCCUAGUGUGUUUACAACUGUAAAGUUAAAGUUAUCACCAUAUGUGAAUUAUUCAUUUCGUGUAAUAGCUCUCAAUGAAAUUGGAAGGAGCCAACCAAGUGAAUCUUCUGAAAAGUACUUUACAAAACCUGCAAAACCAGAUGACAAUCCUAUUAAUGUUCACGGGAUUGGAACGGAACCUAAUAAUUUGGUGAUCACUUGGAAGCCUUUAACGGAUUUUCAGUCCAAUGGUCCAGGUCUUCACUACAAAGUCAGUUGGCAGCAGAAUGAUGGUGAAGAUGAAUGGACAUCUGUUACAGUUGCAAAUGUAUCUAAAUAUAUUGUAGCUGAUACACCAACUUUUGUUCCAUAUGAGAUAAAAGUACAAGCAUUAAAUGACUUAGGACCUGCACCUGAUCCUUUAACAAUAAUUGGACAUUCUGGAGAAGACUUGCCAAUGAUUGCUCCAGGCAAUUUACAAGUACAAGUUGUAAACAGUACGAUAGUGAAAGUGCAGUGGGAUCCAGUUCCAUUGAAGUUUGUCCGGGGUCAUCUUCAGGGAUACAAAAUUUACUAUUGGAAAGUCAAAUAUUUAUCUGGAAAAAUUAAGCAACAUGUGGAAAAAAGGAUGUUGACUUUCAGUGGAAAUAGAACGCAUGGAAUGGUGCCGGGACUAGAGCCUUUUAGUUCUUAUAAACUGAAUGUAAGAGUGUUUAAUGGGAAAGGAGAAGGACCAGCAAGCCAAGAUGAAACAUUUAAGACUCCAGAAGGAGUUCCCAGUGCACCCUCUUUUUUAAAGAUUACCAAUCAAAAUCUGGACUCUCUUACUUUGGAAUGGGGACCACCUUCUCAUCCAAAUGGAGUUCUGCUGGGAUACACAUUAAAGUUUCAACCAAUUAAUAGUACUCAUGAAUUACGUCACUUGGAAGAGAUCAAUAUUCCUGCCAAUGAGACCAGCUUGAUUUUAAGCAACCUGAAUUAUAGCACUCGAUACAAGUUCUAUUUUUAUGCACAAACAUCAGUUGGAUCCGGAAGUCAAAUAACAGAAGAAGCAGUAAUAAUUAUGAAUGAAGUGCAACCAGUGUAUCCAAGGAUCAAAAAUGUUAUGGCAGCAGCUGCUGAAACUUAUGCCAAUAUCAGUUGGGAAUAUGAGGGUCCAGUUCAUGAGAACAUUUAUGUUGAAUAUGGUGUGGCAGGCAGCAAAGAAGAAUUGAAAAAAGAAAAUGCUAAUGGUUCUCGGAGCUUCUUUCUCUUAAAAGGAUUAACACCAGGAACAUCAUAUAAAGUCCGGGUUGGUGCUGAGGGUCUUUCUGGUUUUAGGAGCUCAGAGGCUGUAUUUGAGACAGGUCCAGCAAAGGCAAGUCGGCAGAUUGACAUUGCCACUCAAGGAUGGUUCAUUGGUCUUAUGUGUGCAGUUGCUCUUCUCAUCUUGAUUUUGCUCAUUGUUUGUUUCAUAAGGAGAAAUAAAGGUGGAAAAUAUCCAGUGAAAGAAAAAGAAGAUGCACAUGGUGAUCCAGAAAUACAACCUAUGAAAGAAGAUGAUGGAACUCUUGGUGAAUAUAGUGACGUGGAUGAUCACAAGCCUCUGAAAAAAGGAAGCAGGUCACCUUCAGACAGGACUGUGAAAAAGGAAGACAGUGAUGAUAGUUUAGUAGAUUAUGGAGAAGGAGUCAAUGGUCAGUUCAAUGAGGAUGGGUCCUUUAUUGGACAAUACAGUGGGAAAAAAGAGAAAGAACCUGCAGAAGGAAAUGAAAGUUCUGAAGCUCCUUCCCCAGUUAAUGCAAUGAAUUCAUUUGUCUAAUUAAAGAAACUGUUCCAUAUCAACAUCUACACCACACUUAUUCCCCUAAUUACAGAUAAGAAAAGAAACAAAUAUUCUAACCAAUGAAAAAAAAAUUCUGUAAGUAUAGAAUUUAUAACAAAAAUCUAAAUCAGAAUGUAAAACUUGAAGCAUUUUACAUAGCAUUUGUUUAUAAAAGAUUUUAAGGUGAGGAACAUCAGUUAAUAUUGCAAAUGCAGUAUAAUGCAUGCAAAGUGUUGCAUAUAUCUAAAAAAAUCAGUUAUGCUAGUGAAAAUGAUUUUUCAUAAUUUGUUAAACAGUCUUUAACUAAAUCCUUCAAGUCCAUUCUCAUUGUCAGAGUGUUAUAGUAGUAUAUAGAACUUCAAUGUCUUUGUGGACAUUGCUGUGAAAUUGGUGACAAUGUCUAGCUUAAUGUUAUUAUGUCUCUUGCAAGACAGUUAGGAACAGGAUGUACAGUAUAUGAUUGAAAAUGACUAAGUAUGACACAUUUUCUGAUGCUAACUGAGAUUCUGAUACCUGCUUUUCGCUUCUCUUAUUUUAUAGGCUUUUUAAUUAUGAAAUAUUACUGCAUCACAGUGUUCUAUUUUUUGAAAUAUAGUACACAUUGGGUUUUAUGUUUUCUUUCGUUUUAAUUCAUUUUGGAGUUGUACACUUAUGGAUGUAAAUUUUUCAAAUUAUAAAAAGUUAGACCACAAAUAUACAUGGCAAAAUAUAUUCAGUAUCUUCAAAUAAUGUGCAUUUCAUUAUGUUCUAUAACUGGCAUCAUCCACCAGGAAGUUUUCUGAACAUGAUAAACAUGGUGGUAUUUAAGCAAACACCAAACAAAUGCAGAAAGAAUACUGGCAGGAAUGUUCCCAAUGUAUUUUGUCCAACUCAGUUGACUUUAACAGUGUGUGAUUAAUUGCCAAAGUAAUUCAAUCAUUUUCAAAUACCCAGAUAUGUUGGUUUGAUUAGGAAUGGCUUGUAUUUAAGCUACAUUACAACUCAUUGAGAUUUCUUUAUUUAUGGAGAUGAACUAUAAAGUACAACUUGCAUUUUCAUGAUCUUAUGUAACUUGUACAAAAAUGCUGCAUUUUUUUGCUAAUGUAAAUACAGCUAUUCUCAAAAUAAUAUGCUAAUAGAGCACCCUCACAAUAGCAUAUUUAUCUCUCAGUCAGAAAAUCAGAAUAUAGCUUUUAGUAGAGUGCUUGGCAUAUAACAGGGUAUAGAAUCCUACAAAAGAGUUAAAUCAUUUAAUAAAUGCUAAGUUUAAUUUUAUUUAAAUGGCCUCAUAUUAAUUGCAAACUCCCUCAUAAACACACACAUGCACACACACACAAAUUAUCAUUGAAAAGGUUUACCUCCAAAUAUAAAAUGUUAUAUAACAACCUAUGGUUGAAGGAAUGCUCAGUUUCAUUUGCCAAUAAAUUGGUUUUUCAUAACUUGCAUCAAGUUUAAUUUUAAGUAAGCUUUUAUAUGUAGAUAUUUUGUUGAAUUUGUACAUAUACUUAAAGUGUAGAUGCUAUAUGCUAUUAGGUGUUAUAAAUAAACAUGUUUUGGUUGUACUGUGUAAAAUGUACUUUAACCAAUAAGGGGCUUGGUAUUUUAAAGCAUCUAUCAAAAUGCAUAUAAAUUCAAUCUGGGACAAUAAAAAAUUACUUUUCCUAUUGCAGUUUUUCAGGUCAAGUGGUAAGGUUUAUUACUGUGUGAUGCUUCUGUUUAAUCACAAGGAUGAUGAACGCCUUAUUUAGAAAUUGCACUGACACAGCAUUGGUGUGCGACCAAGUGCAUCUAAUAUUUGAGAUCACAAUAUAUUUGCAACUUCGAUGCAUAUACUGUGUAUGUAAAGCACAAUUUGCAAUGCCCAUCUCAUUAGCUAUAAAUAAAGUAGCUAUAGAGUACUUAUUGAAAAAGCACAAAAGGGAAAAUUUCUACCAAAAUUUUCCAACAGUAUUGGAAAUCAGUAUAAGCUUACAAUUAAAUGGAGAUGUGAAGAUUAUCCAUGCAUGUGAAGAUAGACAGUUAAGGUUACUUCUGUAAUGAUGCAACACAUUUUGUAUUAAAAUAAAUGUGGUUUUAAAAUUUCA